AAAACAUUGCAUGAUAGUCUUUAAGUAGUUCCAUCUGUCCAGCAGAAUUUCAGGCUAAUAGCCUGUGGCGCAUCAGUCCGUUCCCUUAACUCCCGCAACCUGACUCUGUCCUAUUAAAUCUCUCCACUCCUCCAAAAAAAAAACAAGUGAAUAAAGGAGAAAAAGAUCUUGAGCAGACUUAAGUCAACUAAAUUGUGAUAGUGAUGAUGAUGAUGAUGAUGGCAGUGGUGAUGAUGAAGCGCGAGCCCUAAUUAAAGAGAAAAAAGGACCUCAGGCACUCAGUGAUGUGGAAAAAAAGGGCUCAUCAUUGUGGUGUAUUUUUUUAAGGACAGCUCGCUCUGUGAGCAGAUGACUGCCGCUCACCUUGCCACGGGGUCUGCGUGAGAUUGGUUCAUUGUCAAGGUUUUUUUUUUUUACCCAUGAUUCCAUAUGGUAUGGAGUGGGCUACAUGUUGCCCAACAUGCCAGUGCAAAUGUUUUCUCAAUUAGGUGUCUUAUCUCCGGUGAGUGCACUAGCAUCAGAUAAAGCUUGCUGACAGCGUAAUGGCAGCUAAAACCUCGGAAGGCUCCAUCAAAUGGCAGCUCUGCUACGACAUCUCGGCCAGGACUUGGUGGAUGGAUGAAUUCCAUCCUUUCAUUGAAGCACUGCUGCCCCAUGUGAGAGCGUUUGCCUACACUUGGUUCAACUUGCAGGCCCGCAAGAGAAAAUACUUCAAGAAGCACGAGAAGCGCAUGUCUAAGGAAGAGGAGCGAGCUGUAAAGGACGAGCUGCUCAGCGAGAAGCCGGAGGUCAAGCAGAAGUGGGCAUCGCGGCUGCUGGCCAAACUCCGCAAGGACAUCCGGCCGGAGUUCCGCGAGGAUUUUGUGCUCUCUGUCACCGGGAAGAAGCCCCCUAGCUGUGUGCUCGCCAACCCCGACCAGAAGGGCAAGAUGAGGAGAAUUGACUGCCUGCGUCAGGCGGACAAAGUGUGGCGCUUGGACCUGGUCAUGGUGAUUUUAUUCAAAGGUAUUCCGCUUGAAAGUACUGACGGCGAAAGGCUGGUUAAGUCUCCGCAGUGCUCGAAUCCGGGGCUGUGCGUGCAGCCGCAUCACAUAGGAGUUUCCGUAAAGGAGCUCGACCUGUACUUGGCCUACUUUGUGCAUGCAGAAGCGGGGCAGUCUGAAAGUCCGAACCAGCCUAGUGAAGGCGACAUCAAGGACCAGCCAGAAAAUGGGCACCUUGGCUUCCAGGACAGUUUCGUCACAUCAGGUGUCUUCACCGUGUCUGAGCUUGUGCGAGUCUCACAGACCCCCAUCGCGGCAGGGACGGGGCCCAACUUUUCGUUGGCAGACUUGGACAGCUCUUCCUACUACAGUAUGAGCCCUGGGGCCAUGAGGCGCCCCCUACCCAGCACUUCUUCUAGCAGUUCUGCAAAGCGUAUCAAAUGCAUGGAGGAUGAGGUGGACAGCCCGGGAGAGGAGUCCUACUACCCAGGUCAGGGACGCUCGCCUGGAAGCGGCAGCCAAGCCAGCAGCUGGCAUGAAGUAGAGCCAG